CAACCCUUCAUCGCUAUCAAUGACGCUCUCUUCUCCCGGGUCCUCGGUCCGACCGCCGAUGUUGAGGUCAUCGCACGGCGUCCUCAUGCCUUCGCACACGAGGCUGGCGUCUACGUACCUGCUACCGACGAGGUAUGGUUCACUAGCAACCUGCUACGCGCCGGUCCGAGCAUCCGGGUCGAGAUCUCCAAACUCAGGCUAGACACCCUCGCGGUCGAGGCGGUCGAACUGCCUGCGGUACCACUAGGCAAUGGCGGGUGCCUAUACCGAGGCCAUCUCCUGUUCUGCGAGCAGGGCUCCCUCGACACACCGUCGCAGCUCGUCCUGGUCGACCCGCUCCCCCCAUACCAGUCCCAACCCAUCCUCAACAACCUCCACGGUCGUAGAUUCAACUCACUCAACGACGUCAUCGUCCUCCCUCCCCCUCAUUCCUGCGGUUCCGAAACUAUAUGGUUUACCGAUCCGACGUACGGGUACGAGCAGGGCUUCAGACCAUCACCCCAGCUACCGAGCCAGGUCUACGUCUUCAACCCUGCGACGGGUGCGGUACGGGCAGUAGCAGAUGGGUUUGACCACCCAAACGGUAUCUGCUUUGAUCCGAGGGGCGAGGUGUGCUACAUCUCGGAUACGGCGCACAUCCACGGCUCGGGUGUGAUAGAUCCGAGCAAGACAAGCACUAUUUACGCCUUCGAUGUGGUUUGGCACGGUCGAGAACCUCAACUACAGAGUCGACGCCUUUUCGCCUUUUGCGAUAGCGGUGUACCGGAUGGAAUCAAGUGCGACGAACUCGGCAACGUGUAUGCCGGCUGUGGUGAUGGGCUGCAUAUAUGGAAUAACAGAUUAUUCGAGCUAGUGAAAGGUGGCAAAAAGGGCGGUUGUGCCAAUUUCUGCUUUGUUCCCGGUGGCAGGAUACUAUGUCUAGCGGAGGAUACGAUAUAUAUGGUGGAGGGGCUAGUAGUGGAGGGCAGUACCAUUGUAGCUCAUCGGUAG